AUGAAUGACAAUUCUGUAACUGAUCAUAGCAAUGAUGAUGAAGUUUUAGAACCUUCCAAUACUAUGACGCCAGUUGAAAAGACAGUUAAUGAUGAUAAUAAUGAUAUAGUUAUUAGAGAAGAUAGAAAAAAUAUCGAUCCAACAAAGAAAAUGAGAAAGAAAAGAAAAUUGUAUAGUUGUGAGACCUGUCGAAAAUUUAAAACUAGAUGUGAUUUUGAACCGAUCGUAGGGAAAUGCCAUAGAUGUAAUGUUUUAAAAAUUUCUUGUUCAUUGACAAGGGAACGUGAAGAGGAAAUAUUUUCUGCAAUCGAAACUAACACUUUCGAUACAGAAGAAAAUGUGAAUACUGAAAGGUCAGAUACUAUUUUUGAUAUGGACACCUCUAAAGGGUCAAUGAUUGCAAAUCACCCAUUAACUACUAGACUAAAUGAACGUCUGACAAAUCUAGAAAACAAGUUUGAUUCUUUGACUCAUAAAAUUGACCUCCUACUAUUGUUAGCUCAAGGAUCAUCCUCCGCCAAAUCAUCCGCAGAAGAUGUAAUCAAUAGUUCAAACGCUGUUCAUGACAACUUAAGAAAUAAGCUGGAUACACCGCACAACAUAUCACUGAAGAAAAUUACUUCUGAUGAAGGUCAUAUUGAUGAACUAAAUACCCAGAGUGAUAUAACGAGUACAGAGUUCUACAAAUUGAAAGAGACACCACUAAAAAUAAUUAAUGACAUCGAUGAAAGGUUAUUCCCACUAACUGCUACAUCCAAAAAGGAGGCAUUAGAUAGAGAACAACGACCUUCUGCAGUUGCGAGAGUAAAUUUUUUACAAUUUUAUGGAAAGAAUUCAGCUUUAUGUCUAGGAUUGUGCAAAGAAUUUCUGGUCAGGUCCCAUUUUUGGAUUAUACCUGGUGGUAUUAAAGAGUUAAACGAUGAUUUCGUUAAAAAUCACCUCUUUAUUACAAGUGUGUAUACAAUCAUAGCCAUGAGUUCAUCGGACAAUGAGAAAUAUGACGAGUUACAAGAAACACUCUACCCACUGGUGGAAAGAUUAUUAACAAACACCCUAACAAUGUUUGAUAAACUUAUUGUUCAUGAUAUCGAAGCCAUUCUUUACUGUUGCAUGUUCCAUAUAUCAAGAAAAGCCAAAAGACACAGACAAUUGAAAUUUAAUUCCAUGGUUUUGGCAAAUUUUGCAUUAUUUAGUCUCAUGAAUAACGUCGAUUUUUACAAGUUGAAGGAGAGAGUCUUGACACAUGAAAAAUAUGAAGAUUCCGAUUUGUACCACCUAAGGGUGUUAAAUUCUCUUACAGCAUGCCACCUCCAGUACUCUAUUGCACAUGGAUCCAUGGUCCCUCAAGAUAAAAUGUUGAAGGAAUUUAAUAACUUAAUAGCUAAAUUUCCUCAAUCUAACUUCGGAGAUGAUAUCAAAUUGAGCGAAAUCAACCUAGGUGAUAUUGUCACAUCUAUAUUUACUGACUUUGGACAAUUCUUUGAAGAUUUUUUGACACGAUUUUCAAACGAUCACCAAAACACAAAAGAAAGACAAUUUGUUAUAUUUCCGGAGUUGAAUUAUUGGUUGAAGAACUGGGAAGAAUUAUUGGCCAAAGAUGGUGGUGGUGUACUUUUGUUUACAUAUGAUUUCUACCAUACUAUGAUAUGCAGAUCAUUUUUGAUUGAAUUUUUAGAUCAAGUGAAGACAUGCCCAUUCUUAUUAGAAAGUCUCAUAUAUACUAUGCGUGAACAUAUCUUUUCAUUAUUAAAAGGAUUUUUAAGAUUACCACCAUCUUUGAUAAAAGGUGCUCCUAUAUUAACAACCAAUGAGAUGGUAUAUGCCUGUAUGACUUUAAGCGAUUAUUUACACUGGUUUGAACCUAACGAAAAACAAGAGAUUUUAAGUAUUUGUACUCGUGUGUACUGGCACUUAAACACUAUUGGGGAAAAGUUGAAUGAGGUGACUGAAAAUGUGGGCAAGAUCAUCAAAUUUAUUAUAACAACAGCUAAGAAUAGAGCAAAUAUGGGUCCAUUUACGCCAUCCUUUGUCGAUAUAUCUACAUUGAAACCGGAAGCGCCUGAGGAGACUCAAGAUCAAAGAUCAAUUUCAACUGUGAUUGGGAGAAUCGAUCAAAACUUUACCUCCGAGAAAGAUACUUCGACACAACAAAAGGAUAAAUCCGUCAAGGUUCAACUGCUCACUAAGGAUAAUAAAUCGUUGUUAAAUACCAACAAUGAUACCGCUACUGUAACGAAUAAAGCUGGCCCUCAAUUUUCUAUGCCAGACGCCGACAGAUUCAAUUCGUUUGAAGAUUUCUUUCAGGAUUUCUUUACCCAUUUGAAACCAGCAACUCAGAAGAUGUUUCCUUCUUCGAAGUAG